CCGGCCCGAGUCGCUUCCCCCCGGGGCCUGGCGCGGGCGAGGGGCCGAGCUCCGUGCGGAGGAAGUGGGGAACCGUGGGGUCCGACCCCGCACGCCAGCUCGCUCGACCGGAAGUGCGCGCGGCUGCAGGAAUUUCUUCAGAAAUGAGUUGCACAAUUGAGAAGGCCCUUGCUGAUGCCAAAGCUCUGGUUGAAAGGCUGAGAGAUCAUGACAAUGCAGCAGAGUCACUUAUUGAGCAGACCACAGCGCUCAAUAAGCAGGUCGAAGCCAUGAAGCGGUAUCAGGAAGAAAUUCAAGAACUGAAUGAAGUUGCAAGACAUCGACCACGGUCCACAUUGGUUAUGGGAAUCCAGCAAGAAAAUAGACAAAUCAGAGAACUGCAGCAAGAAAACAAAGAAUUACGUACAUCCCUAGAAGAACAUCAGUCUGCCUUGGAACUUAUAAUGAGCAAGUAUCGAGAACAAAUGUUUAGACUGCUAAUGGCUAGCAAAAAAGAUGAUCCAGGUAUAAUAAUGAAGUUAAAAGAGCAGCACUCCAAGAUUGACAUGGUACACCGUAACAGCUCCGAAGGGGUCUUCCUUGAUGCAUCUCGGCACAUCCUUGAAGCACCUCAGCAUGGACUGGAGAGGAGGCACUUGGAAGCGAAUCAGAAUGAGUUACAGGCUCAUGUUGACCAAAUCACUGAGAUGGCAGCAGUAAUGAAGAAGGCGAUUGAAAUUGAUGAGCAACAAGGUUGCAAGGAACAGGAACGGAUAUUUCAACUUGAACAAGAAAACAGAGGCUUAAGAGAGAUCCUUCAGAUAACUCGAGAGUCAUUUCUGAACCUUCGGAGAGAUGAGGGGUCGGAGAGUACAUCUUCACUGUCAGCUUUAGUGACCAGCAGUGACAUGAGGCUGCGAGAGAGCUAAAGACAGUAUGAUGCUGCCAUACAUGCUCACUCUGGCCAGCCAUCUGGAGGGCAAGCAGCCUCCCUCAGCUCCACUACACUAUGUACAGUGCAGUGAUGACUUUAGGAAACAACCACCAAAAAAGGGAGGGGAGCAUGGAUAUUGGUUUGACACACUCCAAAACCACUGGAAUUUAAAAUUUCAACCUUAGUUCAUUGGUGAACAGCUGAGUUGAAGAUUUACAGUGGCUACUAAACUUAGCAAGAGCUUUCAGUAGGUAUCCUGGAUUUUUGGAUAAAUGUGAAUAUUCCCAGCAAGUGAUUGAAAAUUCAUAAAAA